CUUACAUAUAGUUACAUUGCAUCUCUCUCUCUCUCUCACUCACUCACUGUCAGCUGCUGGUAGCUAGAUCAAAUAGUAUAGUUCCCACAUCAAAACCAUAAUCAUCACGCCUCUAUCAUCUACCACGCCCCUUCCCUUUCUCCGCUUCAGUUUCUUUCUUUCUUUCUACAUCAACACCAUCUCUCUCUCUCUCUCUCAGAAAAAAAUGUCCACGAACCACUUCUCUCUGGACAUUCCAGAAGCAGUCUGGUGGACACAGCAACAGCAGCAGCAAGCCUUGAUGGACCCAACUCCCAAAACUACCCAAUCUCCAAACACUUCUCAAUUCUACCACCACCAUGAAUCCGCCUCCACUUCGGCGGCCUCCAACACGGCUUUCAGUUUCAAUCUCAACCAAGACGACGAGGAAGAAGCGGCGGAUGAGCAAUUGUCGGUGGAUGAGAGAGCCCAAUUCCAAUUCCAGGAACAACCGCAGCUCGUCGACAAAGAGCCCAUGUUCGAGAAGCCUCUGACACCUAGCGACGUCGGAAAACUCAACCGCUUGGUCAUCCCCAAGCAGCACGCCGAGAAGUACUUCCCGCUCGGCGGCGGGGACUCGGGGUUGCUACUGAGCUUCGAGGACGAGUCCGGCAAGUCCUGGCGCUUCCGCUACUCCUACUGGAACAGCAGCCAAAGCUAUGUGCUCACCAAGGGCUGGAGCCGCUUCGUCAAAGAGAAGCGCCUCGACGCCGGCGACGUGGUCUUGUUCGAGCGCCACCGGAUCGACGGCGGACGCCUCUUCAUCGGGUGGAGGCGCCGCCCAGGCCCCAUCGCGGCGCAAGAAACAGCCAUCGACCAUCCGGCCGGGGUUGCUCCGUUCAAUGGCGGUGGGAAUGGGUGGACCCGCGUGUUCUAUUCUGCGCAUCCUUAUCCUUCGCACCCUCAUGGGCCUCCUAUUCCAUACCAACCUCACUGUCUUCCUUCAGGGACAGCCCUGCAGAACCAGAAUGGGAAUUCCAAGAGGCUGAGACUUUUCGGAGUGAACUUGGAGUGCCAGCCGGAUCAGCCCGACCCGUCCACACCCGAGCCAGGGUCCAGCCCACAUACCAUUAUUGCCAAUCUUGCCAACUCAGACCCUCGCAGGCUCAUGGAGAUCAAUUUCUCAGGAGAUGUCAACCGGAUGAGAUAUCACCAAGGAUAGAUAGAGACCUCUGGAUGUGACUUCCAGGACUGGGUGGUUGAUCCACCUGGAAUGUCCCAAGAAAAAGCAAAAAACAAAAAAGAAUGGAAAAGAAAGUAAGGCGAAAAAAAAAUCCCAGAAUUCAAGCCAACUUUCUCUGGCUAGAAAUUAAAAUGUGGGAAAAAUCAUCAUCAUCAUCAUUUUCUUUUUCUCCAUCUCAUCCCAAGUCCAGAAGGAAAGAUGAAGGAAGACAACAAAGAGAAAUGGGAGGUGAAAGAGACUUGAGAGAAAGGGGAAGGGAUGGGGGAGAGAAGAGCCCACCAUGAGAAGAUAGGGCUGAGCUCAUCCCUCAGCAAAUGGGGGAGGGAAUAUGGGGGGGUUGUUGGGCAAUCAAGAAUCUGUAUGCAAGGCUACUGUUGGGAUUCUGCCUGAAGAUUUUUCAUGGAAGAUAGAGUCAUAGAGGCCUCACUCAGUGGAUCACAAUUAUAGGGAUAUAUAUGGUGUAUGGGGGUGGGUCAAGUCAGUGGACUUUUUUUUCUUUUAUUUUUGCUUUCAACAUGAUGGGAUAGAUGACACAUUCUCUCUACUAGUAGCCCCAUAUGUGUAGCUAAGAUGUUUUUGGUUCAUCUCAUUAAUUAUUUGUUUUUCUUUCUACUAACUUUUUGUUAUAUAUAUAUAUAUAUGUAUAAAUUUUGAAAUUGAGACAAAAAGUAUUCUCAUUGAAAAUUACCC